GGUCACGAAUGCGCCCGAGUGAAUCUUUACAAAUUUCCGCGUGUCGUAUUUACGACAUUAACCGGAAGUACAUCGAGACCAGUUUGCGGUGAGAGGCUGAAACAAGUUCAAAUCUAAUGGUGAAGUUACGAGACGUUCAGAACAUGUUUUGGGGCGUGACACUAGAUGGCGGUAAGCGCUACACACAGACCGUGGAGCGCUCCUUCCACAUUUCAAUGGCAGCUCUGGAGUCUGGUACAGAAACCCCCAAAACAAAGGAAAAGCAUGUAUCUGUGAUGAUUCAGCAUGAGAAGGCGGAGUUUGUGAUGUGCACGCUGGAGUUUGGUCGACUCUACCAACAACCCCUGGACCUCAACUUCACAGAGGGAGAGGAGGUCACAUUCUUCCUCAACGGAACAGGCAUUGUGCAUCUGACGGGCUACUUGCUGGAUGAGGGGCAGUACGACGACGAGAUGGGGCUCAGCGGAGAUUCCUCCGAGUCGGAUGACGAGGCACCAGAACUCCUUGGUAUGGAAGAGGAGGACAGUGAUGACGACAGUGAGGAUGAAGAUUUUGCUAUUGAGACGGCCAUGAAGAAAGAUGCAAAGAAGAGAAAAGCUAAAGACAUGGGAAUUGUGCAAAAGAAGAAAUCAAAAUUGUUGAACAUGAAGGAUGACAGUGAAGACAUGGAUUCCGAUGACAGUGAAGACUUGGAUUCGGAUGAACGACAUGAAAUACGCAAAUUGAUGAUUGGCCAGCACAUUGACGAUCCCAGUACUGAAGAUGAAGAUGACGAUGAAGAGGAAGAGAAAGAUGAUGAUGAAUCUGAUGAGGAUGACGAGGAGGACCAACAAGUGCCAGCAAAAUCACCCAAAGCCAAAAAACAAGCUAAAGGGAAACAAACUACAAAGCAACAGUCUGCAGAAAGUGCCUCAAAAAAUAAGAGCGCGGGGCAGAAUGGUGUAGCAAGUACUCCAAACACCGAAGAAAAAAAGAAGAAGAAAAAGAAGAAGAAGAAGAAAAACAAAAACAAGGAGGGAGCAGAAUCACAACAGAAUACUCCAGAUAAGUCAUCAGCCAAUAACCUCACAAAAGACACACCAAAAAAAGACACUCCAAAACCCAAACACGGUCAGACCCCUAAAAACACUCCAAAACCCACACCCGCUCAGACCCCUAAAAACACUCCAAAACCCACACCCGCUCAGACCCCUAAAAACACUCCAAAACCAACACCCGGUCAGACCCCUAAAGAGACGCCGAAGAAGCAAUUCUUUGCUGGUGGAGUAAUUGUUGAAGAUAUCAAAGUCGGACAUGGACCAGAAGCCAAGUCAGGGAAACAGGCCCAGAUGUAUUAUGUCGGAACGCUACAAGAUGGCAAACAGUUCGACUCCUGUAAAGGUGGGAAGCCGUUCAAGUUUAAGAUGGGCAAGGGUGAAGUGAUACGCGGCUGGGAUGUUGGAGUCAGUGGAAUGAAGGUCGGAGGCAAGAGGAAAUUGGUAAUACCGCCAACAAUGGGAUAUGGGAAGCAGCGGCAGGGGCCUAUUCCACCAAACAGCACCUUGGUCUUCGAAGUGGAGCUGAAAGCUGUCAGCUAAUAUUUUUAAUAAAAGACAAAGAAAAAUCAA